CACUGGCAUUGCUCGCUCUGUGUGCGUGGCCAUUACCAUUACCAUGAGUAGCUUAACGCCGAGCUUCACAUCUCGAAUAUGUGCUACACGCCGCGACAUAGUUCCUAUACGACACCGUUCCCUUCAUCAAUUCAUUAACAGACGAGUCACACUUGCACCCAGCACCACCACAUUCACUUCUCCGAGAAUCGCCUGCAUGGCGGAACCUUACCUAAUAAUGAAGCUGGAAUCCGCUCAGAAGACCUGGAAAGAAUUAUCGGUCAAGCUUGCAGAUCCAGAUAUUGUGUCUAAUCCUAGUGAAUACCAGAAGUUGGCACAGUCAGUGUCAGAGCUUGAUGAGGUUGUGUCCACUUACAAGAGAUUUAAAGAGUGUGAGAAGAUGCUAGAAGAAACCAAAGCUUUAACAAAGGAUGAUGGCAAUGAUGAGGAUAUGGCGGAAAUGAUAUCUUAUGAAGUCGACUCUUUGUCUAAGCAACUCUCAGAGCUUGAGGACAAGAUUAAGUUGUUGCUGCUUCCAAGUGAUCCUCUGGAUGCAAGAAACAUAAUGCUUGAAGUUCGAGCAGGUACUGGUGGUGACGAGGCUGGAAUAUGGGCUGGUGAUCUUGUCAGAAUGUAUGAAAAAUAUAGUGAACAGAAUUCUUGGAAGUUUUCUCCUGUCUCAUGCUCUGAGGCAGAAAAAGGAGGAUUCAAAACUUAUGUGAUGGAGAUAAAAGGAAAACGUGUCUACAGUAAAUUAAAAUAUGAAUCUGGUGUCCACCGAGUUCAACGUGUUCCUCUAACAGAAACACAGGGCCGAGUGCAUACUUCUACUGCAACUGUGGCCAUCAUGCCAGAGGCUGAUGAAGUUGAAGUGGAAAUCGACCCAAAAGAUAUUGAACUGACAACAGCACGUUCUGGGGGUGCUGGAGGCCAGAAUGUUAACAAGGUUGAAACAGCCAUUGAUCUUUUUCAUAAACCAACGGGAAUCCGCAUCUUUUGUACUGAAGAAAGGACGCAACUUCAGAAUAGGAAUCGUGCUUUUCAGUUGCUCAGAGCAAAACUAUAUGAGAUGAAGGUAAGAGAGCAGCAAGAGUCAAUACGAAAUGAAAGGAAAUCUCAGGUUGGUACAGGUGCACGUGCAGAAAAAAUUCGGACAUACAAUUAUAAGGACAACAGGGUUACUGACCACAGAUUAAAGAUGAACUUUGAGCUCACCUCUUUUCUUAAUGGUGACAUAGAAAAUGCUGUCCAGUCUUGUGUUUCAAUGGAGCAAAAGGAACGUCUGGAAGAACUCGCUGAAUCUGUAGGUGCUCCGGCUGGCUGAUAUGCAGCACAUUUUCCCCCCAUGUUUGGAACAUUUUUGAAUGGAUUACUUUUCACAAUGGAAGAUCUGCCAUGUCGUUGUUCUCCUGAAUGUGUCCCAUCAUCCAAAGUUUGUGACAUACCGAGUUGAUUGAUUGUCAAUAUGUUGUUACGGGGCACUUUUACAUGUAAUAUUUCAUUAGAUAGUACUCUGUAAAAUUCUGUUUCAUUAUGUAAAGUGAUACAAUUAACUUUUGCGUUUUGUGCUCUCACUGCAUUGUAUAUGCCUAUAUGGUAUUGAACUGCGAUUUCGAUACCCAGCUCCUUCAAAU